AUGGAGAAUAAAACAGAUCACUCGGCAAUUGACGAUAAAGAUACCUGCGUCGAUCUCCAUGAGCAUGUCAUGCUCGAGGUCGGCCGCCCGUCUAUUGGUGGGAUAUUGAAAUAUAGCAAAAAUGGAAUCUUACUUGAUCCUCAACCAAGUGAAGACCCGCACGAUCCUCUGAACUUCUCGCAUUUGGAGAAAGGCCGCGUUCUGACUGGACUAGCGUAUUGGGCCUUUCUGGGGACUGCCAACUUGAUCAUCGUUUGCCUUUUGUGGGUCCCCAUUGGGAACCUCGUGGGAGUGCGAGUCUCAUUUCUGAUAUCCGCCUUCGGAGCCGCAACCUUGUCAAUUUGGGCUGCUCUUGCACCCACUUUCUCCCAAUUUGUCAUCGCCCGGGUUCUCGCUUCUCUCUUCUUCGCAUCCCCAGAAGCAUAUGGUCCCCAGAUUGUUACCGAUACUUUCUACCUACACCAGCGCGCUGCCAGCACGAGUGUCUUCACUGCAUUCCAAUUCUGUGGAUUUACAUUUGCCGGCUUUAUAGGAGGCUACGUAACUAUGAGUCAUGGGUGGCGUGCCCCAUCAUGGGUCAUGGUUAUUAUGUCCUAUAUUGCAUUUCUGGUCGUCGCCUUUAUUUUUCCAGAGACUACGUUCACUCGAUCCAAGGCAUGUAAACGCAAUGCAAAGCGACGGUAUAUUCACACUCUCAGUUUGAGUCCCGGAAGUGGAGGCGGACCACCAAAAUCCUCCAGUUUGUGGAGAUCGUUUGCAGCGCCAUGGAAAUACGUCUUUCACCCGACGGUUAUGCUCGCGACCUUGUUUUUCUCGCUGUUCCUGGCAACCAAUGACUACCUAUUAACUAGCAACUCCAUCGUUUAUCCGUUGGAGUAUGGAUCCACUUUGGAAGAGGUGGCUCUUACUUCCUUUGCGCCAACUGCUGGCUGUCUCCUAGGAAUUCUCAUUGGGGGUUGGGCGAAUGACAAGUACGUCGCAUGGCAAAUAUCCAAAAAUACUGAAGGUGUCUUUAUCCCUGAGAUGCGACUUACUAUGGCCAUCAUAACAGUCAUUCUAGGCCCUGUGGGUCUUGUCCUUUUCGGAACUGCCGCUCAAAAUCAUGUCCACUGGAUUGUACCGCUCCUGGGAGAGUUCAUGGUCAAUCUAUCUUUAGUCAUAGCCGGAAAUAUUACGUAUACAUACAUGGCCGAUGUGUAUCAGGAGCGAACCGACCAGGUGCUUGUUAUGCUGAAUGCUCUGAAGAACUUGUCAGCAUUUGGCUUGGUGUAUGCUAUUACGCCUUGGAACACUCAUAGUGGCUAUAGUGUUGCUUUUGGUUGCCUAGCGGUCAUCUUGUUUGCUGCUCACUUGCCACUUGUUCUAUUGUAUUAUCGGGGUGCGAGGAUGCAAGCUUGGGAGGCCAAGGAAUUUCCUGUUAAAUAG